GGUGGCGGCAGUACGCGCCUGCCCGACGACGCCGUGGACCUAUACCUUGUAUCCUGUGUUAGAGGAGAUGCUGUACGUCGUCGAAACACUCCGCCAAGACUCUGAUACGCUGAAUUUAACCGGGAUCGAUCGGGACUCAUAUGUAUGUCAUGAGUGCAAUUCUCACGCAUGAGGCAUAUAAAGUAUAGACCGAACAUACAUGCAAGAUCCACAGUCUAUACCAAUCUCCUUCCACGAUGUUCAAGUCACUCUUACUCGCACUUGCACUCGCCCUUCCCGUCUUCUCCUCGGAUUCUUGCAGCGUCACACAGGCUGUCGCCGUCCUCGGUGGUGGAACAGGUGCAGUCAGCGGGAUUGUCGUAUUCGCGCAAAACGAAUGUGGCGCCGUUACAGUAACGGGGUUCAUUCAAGGCCUUGAUUCUUCUGCACUACGAGGCCUCCACGUUCACGACUCCGGGAACCUCACCGAUGGUUGCACGUCUACAGGAGAGCAUUACAAUCCCUUCAACACCACCCAUGGUGGUCUUGACGAUCCUGAGGAUAAGAAACAUGUAGGCGAUUUCGGAAAUGUCAAAUCCGAUGCAAACGGUGUUGCGAAGUUGGAUUUAACUGUCAACACCCUCACACUCAAUGGACCACAGAGCAUCGUUGGGCGUGCUAUUGUUGUCCACACGGGUACAGAUGAUUUGGGCAAAGGUGGUACUCCCUUGUCGCUUGUAAAUGGCAAUUCCGGGGACAGAGCUGCGUGCGGUGUUAUUGGAUUGGCGUAGUCUUUAUCUUCUCAACGGACUUCUUUGUUUUAUAAAUAUGUCACUGUUACCCUACGACACCCGGACUGUCGUUAAUAUAACUCACGCAUACAUAUCUGGUAUCGUUGAUACGGACACCGCUGGUACUUUGCCUAGUAACCACUUUAACGCCAUUAAAUCGGCUGCCUUUGUUGGGAUGUUAUUCUUCAGAACAAUGCUUAUAAUGACAGGUCACAACACGUUG